UGGUGGUGGGAGCGGUACUGGCUGCUCUCAGCUUCAGCCUCCAGUACUCAAGGCUACAAAGAGCUCUUUGUCUGAUCAGUCCCUGCACCGAGGUGACCUGCCAUUGGCUCACCUCUCACAUCGCUGAGAUGGGAUUGGUUGGUCUGUGUAUCCAGGUGGGAACAACCAAAAAUGGAGGGGGUGUGUGAUUCCGAAUAGACCUUACACAUGCCUACACACACACACACAUAGUCCAGAAUGCCGGCUUAUUUCCGAAUGCAUCUGUCACUUAUUCUCGUCGUGGUGCAACUCGUGCCCACCAAUCCUGUGUCUGAAGAGGUGUCGCGUGGUAAAAGCAGGAAGAGGCUCAACCCAGUGAUCCACACUGAGGCCCCUGAGCCAGACCCCAUUCGUGAAGCCUACCUUUACUGCAACUUCCCUAACCAAACAGAGCACACCUGGGAAGGACACAGCCUGGCCGACUACAAGCUGCUGUCGGUGCAAGUGAUGAUUCGCCAUGGUGACCGUUACCCUCUUUACUCCAUCCCCCAGACCAAGAGGCCAGCUAUAGACUGCACCCUGUCACCAAACAGGGUUCCCUCUCACCCUCUCCUCGCCUCCUUCAUCAGUCACAUGGCCCUGGGAGCACAAGGUCACUGGGACACGUCGCUGGCCUCUCUGCCCCGCAUACCUAACAACAGGGUCUGCGAGAUGGGGGAGCUCACCCAGACAGGUGUGGUCCAGCACUUGAAAAAUGGAGCUAUCCUCCACCAGGCCUACAUCAGGCAGCAUAAGCUGCUGCCGGCUGACUGGUCGUCGCGCCACGUGUGGGUGGAGACGACAGGCAAGAGCCGCACUCUGCAGAGUGGCCUGGCCCUCCUUUACGGCUUCCUGCCGGGCUUUGCCUGGCCACGACUUGCCUUGCGGCAGCAGUGGAGCACACUCUUCUGCAGCGCGGCAUGCGACUGCCCUGCCCGCAACCGCUACCUGGACCAGGAGCAGAAGAGGCAGUACCGGCAGCGGGUGGCUGACACAGAGCUGGAGCGCACCUACGUGGCUAUGGCGACGGCACUAGGCGUGGCCACGCGUACACUGCGGGCGGCCAACCCCGUGGAUGCACUGCUGUGCCACGUGUGCCAUGGCCUGCCCUUCCCCUGUGCCCGGGCCCCGGCUCCGGUCCCGGCCCAGGCCCUGCCCCCCGAACGGGCGUGCCUCACGCGACACCACUUCGCCGCCCUCCGCCGGCAGCAGCGCGACGACGAGCGUCUGCGGCUGCAGGCGGGGCUGUAUCGGCGCUACGCUACGCUGGCCGCCCACCCAUACCUGAACCGCACGGCACAGCGAAUGGAGCGAGCCGCCCGAGGGAGGCAGGGCGGGGCCGAACCCGCCUUCGUGUUGGCCUCUGCCCACGAUGUCACCCUCCAACCCGUGCUGAGUGCACUGGGACUGGAGGGGGCCGGCUUUCCGCGCUUCGCUGCCCGCCUGGUGUUUGAGCUGUGGAAAAGUCCGCAAGCGGGCGAGACGGGGAGGGGUGUGCGAGUGCGGCAGGUAAAGGGGGCAAGGGGGUCUGUCGAAGACGCGUUUGUACGUGUGCUCUACAACGGGGAAGAUCUGACCUUCCACACUGCCUUCUGCCGCCAUCACGACCGCCACUCUGCCCGGCCGCUCUGCCCUCUGGGUAACUUCCUGUCCUUUGUGAGAAGGGGCAUGUUUAGCAUUGUCAAUGCCACCAGUUACCAGCAGGCCUGCCAUCAGAGCAUUCUGUAGAGAGACAGGAAACAAUGGCACAUGUAAAAUUGACAGUAACUGCCAAAGUCUAACCUGCCAGCUUUAGGUGAAAAGGAUUUCUACAAGACUUUUAGUACAGUCUGUGUCCUCUCUCUCUCUUUCUCAAUCACACACACUUGCACACCUCUUGCCUUUUUUAUGAAGCAAAUCAAAACUUGAUUGCUUAGCGCAGUCCUGAGGACAAUCAGACUGAUUUUUCUUGUUGUUUGCAGACGUUUUGUGCCGUUAUUAAAAGUUUGUAACGUAGGAGACUUAAGGCACUCGGCCACUUUACUCUCAUGUUCCUGCAGUGGAAAUGUGGGUUGUUUUUUUUUAUGGAUCUCCAUAUUUGUUCCCCACCGUGUAUUAGGACAUAAUGUCCAGGCUUAUGGAAUCCAUGCUGGACCAGUUAGAAUUUUUCAUUUGAAUUAAAAAAAAAACCAAACAAACUCUAAGGCAUUUUGAACUGAUUUUUGAUUCUAUAAAGCUGUAUAGUGUAAUGUUGUCUUCUGUUGGAAUGUCUUUUUUUUUUUUUCUCCUUAAUUUACGAGAAAUAGACAUUAUUAUUAUUAUUAUUUUGGUUAGAAGCUGCUAUAAAGUUCAUGUAGUAAGUGUUUAUUUUGUGAUGAUCAUAAUAUCAUUAAUAUUCAACCACAUUCCUAACAUCAAAGCACAUUUUGCAAUAAAUUCAAGUCCGAACCCAAGUCUA